CUCCACGUGUGGUACGCACCUCCCCCAUAAGCCUCCGCGCGGCGCACGCCGCCCCUCUCUAUCCCGGCGGCGGCCAAAGGGAGCGGAGGGCCCUAAAGGGGUCAGCGCUGCUGGAAAAUGGCUGUGGAUUACUUCCUGCACGACAAGAUCUGGUUUGAGAAGUUCAAAUACGACGAUGCCGAGCGAAGGUUCUACGAGCAGAUGAACGGCCCCAUGGGUGGCCCCUCCCGCCAGCAGGAGAACGGAGCCAGCACGAUCCUCCGCGACAUUGCCAGAGCCAGGGAGAAUAUCCAGAAAUCGCUGGCCGGACAGAAGACCCCUGCUCGGAGCAAGGAAGCUCCUUGUGCCCGUCCCAAGAAACAGUCGGGACGCUCCGCUAGUGCAAGCACAACCUCCUCUGGACCUGCUGGUGACCAAAAUGAGCUCCUGUCCCGAAUUUCCCACCUGGAAGUGGAAAACCAGAACCUCCGCAGUGUUGUUGCAGACCUCCAGAUGGCCAUUUUCAAGCUGGAAAGCCGCCUGAAUGCUCUGGAGAAAUCCUCAACUUCCCACCAGCCCUCAUCUGUUCCUCCAACCCAGAAAGUGGAGCCGUUCAGCGUUCCCUCCAAAAAAGUGGAGCUCCCAGCCAAGAAAGCCGAGCCAGCUGCUGCUGAGGAGGAUGAAGAUGAUGACAUUGACCUUUUUGGGAGCGAUGAUGAGGAGGAAGACCAGGAAGCUGCCAAAGUCCGGGAAGAGCGGCUCCGGCAGUACGCGGAGAAGAAGGCCAAGAAGCCGGGACUCAUUGCCAAGUCUUCCAUCCUGCUGGAUGUGAAGCCGUGGGAUGACGAGACCGACAUGGCCAAGAUGGAGGAGUGUGUCCGGUCCAUCCACAUGGAUGGGUUGGUGUGGGGAGCCUCCAAACUGGUCCCAGUUGGAUAUGGCAUCAAGAAACUCCAAAUCCAGUGUGUGGUGGAGGAUGAGAAAGUCGGGACAGACAUCCUGGAGGAGGAGAUCACCAAGUUUGAGGACUAUGUGCAGAGCGUGGAUAUUGCUGCUUUUAACAAGAUUUAGAAGGGAAAACUGUAUCCCCCUCAUCUGAACCUGGAAUUAAUAAAGAUGAAUAUUGGGAGUGCA